CCCAGCGCCCCGGAAGUGAUCGGCGGCAGCUGCUGCAGAGCGGCCAGGAGGAGGGUGGAUCUCCCGAGAGCCGAGCCCCCGGAGUCCUCCUCCACCUCCUCCUGCCGCCCAGGUUCCACCGCCGCCUGUCGGACUCCUCCUUUUGCCGCUCCCGGCGCGGAGCCUCCUAGACUACAAGAGCGGAGCACUAUCCGGCUGGAGCCAGCUCAGCCGCGGCUUCCGGAGCCCACGGGGCGGCUGACCGGCUUGCGGUGCAGACACUAAGGAGACCGAAGCCUGCAGUUUCUUAUCUCAGUGACGUAACCACUAUACAGAGGAAGUAAAGGAAGAAGAUUAUAUUACUCCAGAAAUACUUUAGUUUCAGCCUUCAUCUCAUUUUCCUCCAAAUCCCAGCUGUUGAUUUGGUUGUUCUUUCAAUAUUCUUCUUAAUCCUUUGGUGAAAACUCUGUGACACGAGAUGGCUGCGAAUAAGCCCAAGGGUCAGAAUUCUUUGGCCUUACACAAAGUCAUCAUGGUGGGCAGCGGUGGUGUGGGCAAGUCUGCGCUGACUCUGCAGUUCAUGUAUGAUGAGUUUGUGGAGGACUACGAGCCGACCAAGGCCGACAGCUAUCGGAAGAAGGUGGUGCUGGACGGGGAGGAAGUGCAGAUUGACAUCCUGGAUACAGCCGGGCAGGAGGACUACGCGGCCAUCAGGGACAACUACUUCCGCAGCGGCGAGGGCUUCCUCUGUGUCUUCUCCAUUACUGAAAUGGAGUCCUUCGCAGCCACAGCCGACUUCAGGGAGCAGAUUUUAAGAGUAAAAGAAGAUGAGAACGUUCCAUUUCUGCUCGUUGGAAACAAAUCAGAUUUGGAAGAUAAAAGGCAGGUUUCCGUAGAAGAGGCGAAAACCAGAGCCGACCAGUGGAACGUUAACUAUGUGGAAACAUCUGCCAAGACGCGGGCCAAUGUUGACAAGAUUGUGCAGAUUGGCCCUUCCUGGAGACCAGGUAUUUUUUGAUUUAAUGAGGGAAAUUCGGGCCAGAAAGAUGGAAGACAGCAAAGAAAAGAAUGGAAAAAAGAAGAGGAAAAGUUUAGCCAAGAGAAUCAGAGAAAGAUGCUGCAUUUUAUAAUCAGAGCCCAAACUCCUUUCUUAUCUUGACCAUACUAAUAAAUAUAAUUUAUAAGCUUUGCCAUUGAAGGCUCAAUUGACUGAAAUUACUUUAACAUUUUGGAAAUUGUUAUGUAUCUCUAAAAGCAUGAAUUGGAACUGCACUGAAAGUCAAAUUCACUUAAAAAGAAAUUAAUGUGGCUUCACCAAGAAGCAAAGUUCAACUUAUUUCAUAAUUGCCUACAUUUAUCACGGUCCUGAAUGUAGCGUGGGCGCUUGUGUUUUGCCGGCAGUCUUUCUUGAACUGUUCGAGAGGUGAGAAUGGGGGUGGGCAAUGGGAGGAAAGGCCACUUCCUCUGGUUUAUUAUAAAGCUUAAAUUUUAUAACCAUUUUAAAAUGUCUUGGUCUUCUACUGCCUUGAAAAAAAAAAAUGACAAUUGUGAACAUGAUAGUUAAACUGUACCACUUUUUUUUAACCAUUGUUAUGCAAAAUAUAGAAGAAAAAGUGACUGGCAUGAUUGUUGCAUAUAGUUCAAUUGAGAGUAAUUCAUCUGUGAACCUGCAUUAAUUACCUGGUGAUUAACUUAGAAAAGUGGUGUAAACUUGUACAUGGAAAUUUUUUAAUAUGCCUUAAUUUAGAAACUGAAAGAUACCUGGUUACAUCAUUCUGGGUUGUAUCCUCAUGGUGCCGUGGGCCCACUGCCCACGUGUCCUGGUGAGAGAAUACGUGUCGGGAUGGAGGACAACUUUUGUAUAGAAGAUGCUCAAGAAAUAACUGCUAGAGUCUGUCCAAAUGUAAAAUGUGUGCCAUACUCUGGUUCUUGAAAAUGAAGUUCCAGAGCCCCUUGAUUGCUUUUAAUUAACUGUAAGGUAGUUUAAAAAUGAAGGACCAGCAUAUACUUGUAAGAUAAUUUUAGACUAUGAGGAUUCAGUAUGUCUCAGUGAACCCUUAUUCUUGAAGAUGCUGAUCCCUGGAAAUCCUUUUAUGCAAGUGGUGAGCAUGUGUUAAGAUUUUGAUCUCUUUGGAGCAGGGCAUAGGAAAAGUGUCCACGGUGCUAAUGCGUUUUGCACUAGACCACUUCGGGAAAGUAGUUGUGCUUGCCAUCUGUUAACUUCUAAAUUUGUAUUCCUGAGGUUGCAGUUUGGCUGUGCGGGAGUUACUAGGAGUGUUUGUAGUCUGUGUUCAUAAUGAAGAACACUGUAGUUACAUUUUCCUAAAGUUAACAUCGAACAGCCAAACCUGAGGAUAGUGCAGAAAACAUGUUUGCCCCCAAACAGUAGGCUGUGUCCCCGUUGUACGGCAUGCCCACUGAAGGGACAUAAUUUCAAUGGGAGAUAUACCACUAUCAGAUUUUUCUUUUCUUUGGAAUGGGACUAAGGCAGUUGUUUCAAUAAAGUUUUACUUUCUUUAUGCUCAGUCUUAAUUUCAGCAAGUCAAAGAUGUGUUCAGGCAUUCCAGGUAACAGAUGUGUAUGUAAAGCUAACACAAAUAGGCUACUUAGGAACUGAACUCUUUAGAUACUACAUCCAGCUUGUCAUGUUAAAUAUGUGUCCUUAAAGGGUUUGAGAUGUACAUCUUUCAUUUCGUAUUUUCCAUAGGCUAUGCCGUGUGCAGAAUUAAAGCUCCCCAUGUAAGCGCAGCCCCGCGGGCCCAGCAAUCUCCACGUGUACUUGUUGCUGUCUCGUUUAACCAGGGGUCCUAACCACUAACGUUGUGACUGUGCUUUGAGACCUUUCCUCUCCUGGGUACUGAGGUGCUAUGAAGCCAAAUGACAAAGACGCAUCACAUGUCUUAGGCUGAUGCCACUACCCGACUGGUUUAUUUGCAAUUUGAGCCAUUUAAAGACCAAUAAACUUUCUUUUUUUAAA